GCGCAGAUAUCAACAGAAUCUACGGACUUUAGGAAGGCCAAUUUGCACGAAAUGACGCCUACAUACCAGGCCUGGCAAAUUCACCCCGUUGCCGCGACAACUGACGAGAAGUCGCCAGAGGUCCUCCAAAACCUGCAGAUCCACACGAUUCCAAAGCCGAUCCCAGGCCCACGCCAGGCCCUCGUUCGCAUUCACGCUGCCUCCCUCAACUACCGAGAUCUCCUCACCACAGCAUUUUCUCCCAAAUAUCCCGUUCCCACCGUUCCUGGCCUCUCUCCCUGCUCAGACGGCGCCGGGUCUGUCGAAGCGGUUGGGGAAGAGAGCAAGUGGUCGCCUGGAGACGAGGUUCUCUUCGUGUUGCAGAACUCAUGGGUCGACGGCGACGUGAGCGCGUUUGACUUUGUCACUUUGGGAGGAGGAAGCACGCAGGGCCUGCUGCAACAGUACAGAUUGAUCGACGACGCCUUGCUGGUGAAGAAGCCAAAGCAUCUUGACUGGGAGGAAGCCGCUGCGUUGGCCGGUGCCGGCGCUACGGCUGUGAAUGCUCUUUUUCAUUCUGGGGUCUCUUCGCCGGGCUUCGACCUCAGCGGCAAGACGGUGCUGACGCAGGGAAGCGGGGGAGUGAGCUGCGCUGCCGUGCAGCUCGCUGCGGCGGCCGGCGCAAGGGUGAUUGCGACGAGCAGCUCGGAGGAAAAGUUAAAGCUGCUGAAGGGAUUGGGGGCAAGCGACCUGAUCAAUUACCAGACGCAUCCUGAAUGGGCAGAUGAGGUUCUUAAACUCACGCACGGUCGUGGCGUAGAUCUCGUCGUCGACGUUGCCGGUGCGGGGACGAUCGAGCAAAGCCUGCGCGCCGUAAGACAGGGCGGGACGGUUGUGAUUCUGGGGUUUUUGACCGAGAGCAAGACUUACGAUGUCGUAUUUCCGCUGAUACUGGGGGCGAAGAUUGUGCGCGGUUUGCUCGUAGCCAGCAGUGAGAUGUACAAGGAGACGGUUGCUCUAGCCGAAAAGUACAAGAUCGUUCCCUACAUCGGAGAAAGAUUUGGCUGGUCUCAAGCUCGUGAGGCGUUGAGUGCCUUGCGCAGCGGCAAAGUUGUGGGUAAGAUUACUAUCAAAGUGUGAGAAGUUUCGCUCGAGACCAGGCCAGUUAUAUAUAUACACUCGUACACCAACAACAAUACCAACAGAUCCA